AUGGAAGGCCUGGCAGACCAGCUUGCGACGGUCGGGCCGGAACCUUUGUCGGUUGUCGACGGCACCAAAGACCAGAUGUUCGAGAGUCAACAAGAGUCAACCCUUCAAGACGUACUCCUAGGGCGCCAUCGUGACCUCGAAGCGCAGGAAGCCCAAGAAGAAGACGAUAACCGGUCUCUGGGCGUGACGGCAGGUGCUUCUCUGGAGUUGCAGAAUUCCCAACUUCUGCGGCGCAUCAAGGUGCAUAAUAAGCUCAUGGUGAACUUGCUGGGCUUCAUGGACGAGAAGAAGGCGGUGGUGGGGCACGCCGUACUUGGAAUGGAGGCUGCUAAAGCGACGUGCGAUGCACGGGAUAAGAUCAUUGCGGCUGCAGACGAGAGAAUGGCCAAGCACAUACUAGAGCUAAUAGCUCUCGCGCAGAACCAGGAACCAGCAGCAACAGCGAUGAAACCCCCCGCCAACUCCGUUACCACGGCCCUCAACAAGUGGGUCGAUGGAAGCUUCUUCGAACGGUUCGUGGCGCGCAUCAUGGCAAGGAACAAUGUUGACGCCACCUCCUUGGCUACACUAGCUCUGUGGCCGGUGGAUACGUGGUGCGUGCUAUCCACUUGCCUGGGACAAGGAACUUUCGGUGGCGUAUUCAAGAUAGACGUCCUUACCCUGCAGGAGAGCUUGGCCAUAAAGCUAAUCAAGGAGGCCAUGAUGUUUUCGUCCUUGGCUGUCAGUGUUCCGCCCCACCCGAACGUCCUCCAAGUCGUCGGGGUGGAUGACCGAGAGCUAGACUGCAUGAAGAUAGUGUACCACCUUGCAGAGGAUUUCGACCGCUGCGCGUGGGGAAGCACAGAAGACAGCGCGGGGACGAAGAUACGGUAUCUGAGCGAAGCCGCCAUAGGGUUGACCCACCUUGUCAACAACGGCUAUGUCCAUAACGAUAUCAAGCCAGCGAAUAUCUUGCUGGUUGACUCCACGCAGGAUGGGAACAAGGCAGCGCGUGCAGAGCUCGUAACGCACUGCGACAGAAGGUGCCUCGACAACAUCGACGACGACCGUCGGUUCGACAAGUUCAUCGAAAUAAUCUCCCAUCGGAUCGUGCUGGAGUCCUCUACACUCGAGAUCUUGCUCAACCCAGACCACCUCCUGGACGAGCUUUAUGACGUGAAGCAGGAGUUCAUCGAGAUCGUACGAGCGGCCCUCCAACGCGACCCGACCCCCCGCCCUUCACCAGCGGAGCUCGUCGAGUCCCUUGCCAGUAUGAGAAUUCGCUUGCUCGAGAAGGAACUGGGGAGCACACCCGUCUCCGCUGCUGCUACUGCCGCCGCCGCUGCCACUACAAAUGCCAUUGCGGUGGAGUGA